CUUUGAUCCUUAUUUUUGUUGUAAAACUUAGAGGUAGUUGAAUAGUUUAACGCAUAAUUAUGGAUAUUGGUAUAUACAUAACUCUUUACAACAUAUUUGCCAUUUGUUUGGCUUCAAAUAUUAUGGGAGAAAGUCAAGGACAAAGCUCCGUUGUUACUGAUAUAAAUGCUAAACUAAUUGAGCGUCUGGAAGAGAAUGAUAAACUUGUACAAUCACUACUAGGUCGCAUGAAAUACUUGGAGACAAGGGAAAAAGAGCUCCAAACUGAGGUUCACCAACUUGGCCAACAACUUCGUGAUCAAGGACAACGUGCAACUUAUCUGGAACGUCUUCUCAAACGUAAAAGCUGUACAUGCUUUGCAAGAAAAAUUCAAACGGAGGAGCUCAACUUUGAAAAUGAUAACAAUGAUGCCGCAAAUAUUAAAGCUACAACUUCUAGAAAUAUUAAAGAUGACGUGAUUAACAAAAGAAUUCGUCGUCAAAAUCCUGAGGACCCAAUCGCUUUCUUCGCCGCUAUAACUAACCACGUAACACAUGCUGGAGCCCACCAAACAUUUGUUUUCGACAAUGCCAUAACGAAUCUUGGUAGUGCAUACAACAGUCACAAUGGAAACUUCGUUGCUCCUUUGGACGGUACGUAUGUGUUUUCAGUGACUUUGAUGUCAUUGUAUCAUGCCAAUGCGCAUGUCAUGUUCUACAAGAAUGGUCAGCCAGUAAGUCGACUCUAUGUAAGUGGUGGUGAGGCCGGAUAUGACACUACAAGCCAGACAAUUAUUCUGCAACUCACUAAAGGAGAUGACGUCUGCGUUCAAAAUAUAGAUCUUGAUGUUUCAAUGGCUGGAGCAAAUUACAGCACAUUUGCCGGAUUUCUUUUGCAAGAGGGCAUUCCUGCUACUGUUGUUCUCGGAUAAAAAAUAUGAAAUGAAUGUUUUUGAAGCAGUUAAACAUGUUUCUCAGUAUAUACAUUU